AUGUCAUCCACAGAGGAUUCAAACUCUAAGAAAUCAGCUUCAGAAACUCUCAGAGAGCAAAGAGCAGCAUUGCAAAAUUUCUAUAAGCUGUCACAGCAAGGUCCCACAACACGUGUACCACCACCAUCAAAUUCAACUGAGGAGGUUGAAAAACCACCACUUUUUGAGUUACCUAGGGCAUCAUUUACGUUUUCUAGUGCUGAGAUUAAUCCCAUUGAAAUUGAAGACCUUGAUGAGUUUGUGAAAACGGAGCCAUAUCAGAAUAUCAUCAAAGCCGAAGUUGAAGCUUUGGAUAGUCUUAACUCAUCCAAAAGUGAAAUUAAAUCCAUUAUAUAUAACAACUACUAUGAACUGAUCAAAAUCAACAACGUUCUUGAAGAUUUGGUUAGGCCACAGGAAGGAGAAGUGCAGUUUGAAAAAAUGAAUGAAAACUUGGAUACAAUUAGGAAAAACAUCGAUAAAAUAAAAGCUGCGGACAUUGAUAUUUUCAAUGAUAUUUAG